AUGCCCCCGAAACGUGCCGCAGCAACCGGCGCAAGCCGAGCCAAGAAAUCGCGUCCGUCCACUGAGGCCGGUGGAACAGAUGGCAGCGACACGGCUGUCGUCGAGGCCGGAGGGCCCCCGACAUCGAUCCCUCGAAACAAGCGAUGGGCCGCUGUCUCAGGCUCGGCCAACGCCGAUGCCGAAUACAAAAUGAAGACGUCGAACCCGCUCAUCGCGUACAAGUUUGUGUGCAUGUGUCAGCCUCCGUUCCCGAAUGGCGAGGACGACGAGGACGAAGAAGACGAGGAGAAUGAGGACGCUGAGACCUCGGACAAGAGCGCCAAACGACCAAAGUGCGACGGCGGCGAAACCUGCCUGUGCGACAAGCCCGCGGCAGAACACCCUGAUCAUGUCUGGAAGUUCUCGGCCGCCGGCAAAAUCAAGUUCUUCACCCUGCAGACUCAGUGCAUGCUCAGAUACCCGGAUAUGUUUAACAUGUACACGUUCAAUGACCACGAGGGAUAUGGUGUCUUGGAGGUCAUUCAAAACCUUAUCCUCGACUUCGAGGAAGCCGCCGACAACUACAAGGAGCAGUGGGCCGUCUGCGAGGCUUUGGCCAUGUUCCUCGCAACCGAUCUGGCCGCACCUGUAACUCGAAUUGACGAUAGCGAUACUGUGGAUGACACCUACCAGUUGAUCGGCCGCUUAUUCAUGUCCAUGCUCGCCCAGCUCGAAGGCAAGAAACUCCUCACCAAAGACUCGGAGAUCAUCAACCUGGGUCUGGUCAUGGCGCUGUUUAUGGACUUCGCCCGCGGUGCGCGGGAUUACGGCCUACUGGAAGACAGCAAUGAGGAGUCGCUGGGGCCGGCAAAGGACAAGAAGAAGUGGGAGCCGCACGCCUUUGACAACCAGAUUCUCACCUACGCCCGCAAGUACGACAUUAGCCUAGUCGGCCCCCACGACAUUAAGAAGACGAUCGAUGCAGCCGAUGGCGACGUGGACCUGCCCGCUGAAAAAUCAGUUACCGGCAAGGCGGAUCCCUUCGGCUUCACCAAAAGCCUGAAGAAGUACAAGAGUGAUCGAGGCGGCAUCACGGCGUUCUUGGCCGGCAACAAGUCCAGCAAGACACCCAUUGGCGGCGACCACCUCGAUAUCACAACCUGGUCCAGCGCCAAGCGCAAGAGCAAGGCCUUUGACAAGAAGGACCCGCUGGGCAAGAAGGAGAUUGACGCGUUGAAGGAGGGCCUGGUCCUCUCGGUCGCCUAG